AUGGCUACCGUUACAAUAACAGAGACACCGCACAAGAGGAGGUUACCGAAGAGUGUCAAAUUGCCACCGGAGAAUGAGCGGUACAUGCGCGCAUGCGCAGACAUCGCCUCCGCGCUUAUCCAGGACUAUGAAGGACAAGCAGAUGGCUCGAAGCCGAAGAAAGACUUGAAUUUGAAUAGUCUGAGAGGACAGAUCGCGAAGAAGCAUUACUUGAAAAGUCAGCCGCCACUUACAGCGAUUAUUGCGGCGGUGCCCGAACAUUAUAAGAAAUAUAUCUUACCGAAGCUGAUUGCAAAGCCGAUUCGUACAUCAUCAGGUAUUGCGGUAGUAGCAGUAAUGUGCAAACCGCAUCGCUGCCCUCACAUUGCGUACACAGGCAACAUCUGUGUCUACUGUCCCGGUGGCCCGGACUCAGACUUCGAGUACUCAACUCAGUCAUACACAGGUUAUGAACCAACAUCUAUGCGUGCCAUCCGAGCACGGUAUGACCCAUAUGAACAAGCCCGAGGGCGCGUUGACCAGAUCAAAUCACUUGGCCAUAGUGUCGACAAAGUUGAGUAUAUCAUUAUGGGCGGCACAUUCAUGUCGCUGUCAGAGAGUUAUAGGGAUGAAUUCAUCAGCCAGCUGCACAAUGCACUUUCCGGGUACCAGACCAAGGAUGUGGAUGAGGCUGUUGCGGCGGGUGAGAUGAGCAAUAUCAAGUGUGUGGGUAUUACUAUCGAGACGCGACCAGACUACUGCUUGGACCAACACCUGUCGUCGAUGCUGCGGUACGGAUGCACACGCCUGGAGAUUGGAGUUCAGUCGCUCUACGAAGAUGUAGCGCGCGACACAAACCGAGGUCACACUGUUGCCGCUGUCGCGAAGACAUUCUGCCUCUCCAAAGAUGCUGGCUUCAAGGUCGUAUCACACAUGAUGCCCGAUCUGCCCAACGUAGGCAUGGAGCGCGACCUCGACCAAUUUGUAGAAUACUUCUCAAACCCCGAUUUCCGAACCGAUGGACUCAAAAUCUACCCCACACUCGUCAUCCGCGGCACAGGACUCUACGAACUCUGGCGAACAGGCCGCUACAAGAACUACACGCCCAACGCACUCAUCGAUAUCGUGGCCCGUAUCCUCGCGUUAGUGCCGCCGUGGACACGCAUCUACCGCGUGCAGCGCGAUAUCCCCAUGCCGCUUGUGACGUCUGGUGUUGAAAAUGGCAAUCUAAGGGAACUAGCUCUAGCAAGAAUGAAAGACUUCGGCACCACUUGUCGUGACGUCCGAACACGAGAAGUCGGCAUCAACGAAGUAAAGCACAAGAUCAGACCCGACCAAGUCGAGCUUGUGCGGCGAGACUACACAGCAAACGGAGGUUGGGAGACGUUCCUCGCGUACGAAGAUCCGAAGCAAGACAUUCUCAUCGCACUGCUACGGCUACGCCAAUGCUCGAAGGAGCACACAUUUAGGCCCGAGUUGAUCGACCAGCCGUCGUCGCUGGUUCGUGAGUUGCAUGUGUACGGUUCAGCAGUGCCGGUGCACGCAAGGGAUCCAAAGAAGUUCCAGCAUCAGGGCUACGGCACGCUACUCAUGGAGGAGGCGGAGCGAAUUGCGAGAGAAGAGCAUGGAAGUUGCAAGAUCAGUGUCAUUUCUGGCGUUGGUGUCCGGAGUUACUAUGGGAAACUGGGAUACUCGCUCGAUGGACCAUACAUGAGCAAGACGCUGCAGCCUGACUGGGAGAGGGAGUGGUAG